CACACACAUCCGGUGCUAAGCCUAAACAUUGCAUUGCAACCAAAUACUUGUUAAAGUUGUAAACACUGUGCUGUUGUGAUUGAUAAACAAAUAUUAUUAAAUUAUUAAAAUAAAUAAUUAUACUCACUAUAUUAUUACGAGAAGAAGAAGAAGGUGAAUAAAUAAACAAGAUGCAGGCACCAACAGGUCAGCAGACAGUCUUGCCAAGUUAUGAACAAGCUGUUAGAAAUCCAACAGCAGCUGAAUAUCAAUCAGCAACAGCACCAUAUGCAACAGAGUAUCCAGCACAAGCACCAUAUCCAGUACAGGCACAAAAUCCAACACCAGCUCCUUAUCCAACACAAGCUCCAUACCCAACACAAACUCCAUACCCAACACAAGCUCCAUAUCCAACACAAACUCCUUAUCCAACACAAGCACCUUAUCCAGUUCAAGCAUCUCAUCCAACACAGCCAUUGUAUCCUACACAACAAUCAUCAUAUCCAAUUCAACAAUCAUCAUAUCCAAUUCAACAAUCAUCUUAUCCAAUUCAACAAUCAGCUUAUACAACACAACCAGCAAGUUAUAUUGGUGAAACAUAUGGACAAGUUAUUGCACCACCUCCUGUUGAUGGUGGACAAACAAUUCAUGUUAUUCGACAUGUAUCAACAGGCAAUACUGGAUGCAGUGGAAAACGAGGUGCAUGGUUUGGAGUUCUAUUGGGACUUAUUGUUCUUGGACUUAUAUUUCGCUUAUUCAAUGAUUAAAAAUAAUAAUAUAACCAAGCAACUCAAUUUUAAUUGAAUUUGCAAAAAACGUAAAAUUUAUUUAACCAGGAUUUAUUUUCACAAGUGCCACUAGUUAAUUAUUAUUUGAGCUUGACAUUUUUAUCCCACAAAAAAAUAUAUAUCUAUAUUAAUGCUCAAUUAAUUAAUCAAAGUAUUAAAUAAAUAUUAUGUAACUUUGAGCCAAAAAAAAAAAGAAAGAAAUAACUAAUAAUUAUUAUUUCCAGUAAAUAUGUUCCAUGAAUAUUUGAAUAUACGAUUUAAAAUUAAUUUAAACAUUAUUAUUUAAAGUUGUAAUGAUGCAUAUUUUUGUACGUUUAAAUAAUUAAUAUAAAUAUGUUAUUAUUCCACUAAAUCAAUGAGUAUUUUUUGUUUGAUUUGUUGACUUUUACCGCAAUGCGACGAUUGAACAAUUGAGUGGCUGGUGUAUUUGGCAAAUAACAAGUGUUGAUUGGUAUUAAUUAAAGUAGCUUUCAUCAUAAAAAAAAUAGGUCAUGUGUUUAAAAAAAGAAAAAAAUAAAUUAAUAUACUUCAAAUAAUAUAUAAACAAGCACAUUGGCGCGC